GAGGCAGCCGGCCGGCCGGCCGGACGCAUCGACGACGCUGGCGUGAGGACCUCUCUGACGUCGUCGCCUUCGCUUCCGUUUGAUCGAACAGAAGAACAGUCACACGAGUUGUUGGGUCCAAAAUUCUUGGACGUGCUGAGGUAGAGGAGGAUGUCUAUCCACCAGGUGGAGAGCCCGGCCGGGCCGGACAGGCUGCAGCGCCAUGACUCGCUCUACGGCGAAGCCGAGAAGGUGUCCCACGACAAGCACCAUGGCACCGGGGGAAGCUGGGCGAGGACGCUGCAGCUGGCGUUCCAGAGCAUCGGCGUGGUGUACGGCGACGUCGGGACGUCGCCGCUGUACGUGUACUCGAGCACGUUCCCGGACGGCAUCAAGCACCAGGACGACCUCGUCGGCGUCCUCUCGCUCAUCCUCUACACCCUCAUCCUCAUCCCCAUGAUCAAGUACGUCUUCAUCGUCCUCUACGCCGACGACAACGGUGACGGAGGAACAUUUGCGCUGUACUCGCUGAUAUCGCGAUACGCCAAGAUCAGAAUGAUCCCCGACGAGCAGACGGAGGACGCGGACGUGUCGAAUUACAGCAUCGAGGCGCCCAACUCGCAGCUGAGGAGGGCUCAGUGGUUGAAGCAGAAGCUGGAGUCCAGCAAGGCGGCCAAGGUUGCCCUCUUCACCAUCACAAUCUUUGGCACCUCCAUGGUCAUGGGCGAUGGAACCCUGACACCAGCAAUUUCAGUGCUGUCUGCGGUGAGUGGCAUCAGGGAGAAAGCCCCAGACCUGACACAAUUGCAGGUGGUGUGGAUCUCGGUGGCCAUCCUGAUCCUGCUGUUCUCGGUGCAGCAGUUCGGGACCGACAAGGUGGGCUACUCCUUCGCUCCGGUGAUCUCGGUGUGGUUCAUCCUCAUCGCCGGCAUCGGGAUGUACAACCUCGCCGUGCACGAGCUCACCAUCCUCAGGGCCUUCAACCCCAUGUACAUCGUCGACUACUUCAGGAGGAACGGCAAGGACGCUUGGGUCUCCCUUGGGGGUGUUGUCCUCUGCAUCACAGGCACGGAGGCCAUGUUUGCUGACCUUGGCCAUUUCAACAUCAGGGCAAUCCAGCUCAGCUUCAACUGCGUCCUCUUCCCCUCGGUGGCUCUGUGCUACAUGGGUCAGGCAGCCUACCUGCGCAGGUUCCCCAAGGAUGUCGGCGACACCUUCUUCAAAUCCAUCCCAGCGGCGCUGUUCUGGCCGGUGUUCGUGGUGGCGAUCAUGGCGGCGAUCAUCGCGAGCCAGGCGAUGCUGUCGGGGGCGUUCGCCAUCCUGUCGAAGGCGCUGUCGCUGGGGUGCUUCCCGCGGGUGCAGGUGGUGCACACGUCCAACAAGUACGAGGGCCAGGUGUACAUCCCGGAGGUCAACUUCCUCAUCGGCGCCGCCAGCGUCGCCGUCACGCUCGGCUUCCAGACCACCACCAACAUCGGCAACGCCUACGGCAUCUGCGUCGUCACCGUCUUCGCCAUCACCACGCACCUCAUGACCGUGGUCAUGCUGCUCAUCUGGAAGGUCAGGCUGCCGUUCAUCGCCGCCUUCUACGCCGUCUUCAGCUUCGCCGAGCUGCUCUACCUCUCGUCGAUCCUCUCCAAGUUCGCCGACGGCGGCUACCUGCCCUUCUGCUUCUCCAUGGUGCUCAUGGCGCUCAUGGCCACGUGGCACUACGUCCACGUGAUGCGAUACUGGUACGAGCUGGACCGCGUCGUGCCGGCGGCCGAGACGACGGCGCUGCUGGCGCGCCGCGACGUGCGGCGCGUCCCGGGCGUCGGGCUGCUCUACUCGGAGCUCGUGCAGGGGAUCCCGCCGGUGUUCCUGCGCCUCGUCGACAAGAUCCCCUCCGUCCACGCCGUCUUCCUCUUCAUGUCCAUCAAGCACCUCCCCAUCCCGCGGGUGGCGCCGCCGGAGCGCUUCGUCUUCCGCCGGGUCGGCCCCGCCGGCGACCGCCUCUUCCGCUGCGUCGCGCGCUACGGCUACACCGACCCGCUCGAGGGCCCCAAGGACUUCGCCGCCUUCCUCGUCGACCGCCUCAAGGCGUUCAUCCACGAGGAGGCCGUCUUCGCCUGCCAGUCCGCCGCCGGCGAGGCGAUGGAGAUGGCGGAGGAGGAGAAGCGGUUCGUGCAGGCGGAGGCGGAGCGCGGGCUGGUGUACCUGAUGGGCGAGGAGAGCGUGACGGCGGCGGCGGGGUCGUCGGUGAUGAAGCGCGUCGUGGUGGACUACGUGUACACCUGCCUGAGGAAGAACCUGUGGGAAGGCCACAAGGCGCUGUGCGUCCCGGAGGACCAGCUGCUCAAGGUUGGGAUCACCUACCAAAUUUAGUCUUACCUCUUUCUCUUUUUUUUUUCCUUUCUGUUUUUUUAGAAAAAAAAAGAGAAAACUUUCCCAUUGUUUCUUAGGGCUUGCAAGGUUUCUUGUAUAUUUGUUUUUGUUGCUGUAAUGAUGUAUAAUCUACUUACUACUUUAGCUUGUAAUGAUGUAUAAUCUACUUGACACUUUAGCUUGUAAUGGUGUAUAAUCUACUUGACUACUUUAGCUUGUAAAGUUGUAAUGAUGUAUAAUCUUUGUAUAGUAAAGAUUAAGAUGAAACUCGAAAGGAGCUCGGAUCU